UAGAAGAGGCAGCCCAUGAAGCCUUGGGCAAGCUGCAUAGUUCCAUUGUGCACCCCCAGAAGAAGGGAAUGGAAAAUCACUCCUGUGUACUUUCUACUUAAAAACUCAUUUGCUGAAGAAUGCAGAAGACAAGAAUAUCCUCCAUCAGGACCAAGAUUUAAAGGAAAGAUUCCAACCUACAUCAUCAAUCUUGACUUGCCACCCAGUGAGAGAUGGACCCAAUUAGCACAUGACAAACAAACAGAGCUAACGGGUGUACUGCAAACCUUGAAAAAAAUGUUGGCUUCAUUUGCCCCCACUGAAAAAUUCAUAGCAGCACUAGAAUCUAAAUUCGCUUGGAUUGGGUCCACCCUUCCCUAUCCUUUCAAUGAAGAGAUCAAAGGCAUUGCGUCUGCUAUUAAUGCUCCUUUAGGUGACAUCGUUGUGUUCAAUAUCUUUUAUGAAAUCUUCACAGUGUGCACCUCAAUAGUAGCAGAAGAUAGCUCAGGCAAGCUGUAUCACGCCAGAAAUCUUGAUUUUGGACUGUUUCUUGGGUGGGAUGUAAAAAAUAGUACCUGGUCUACCACAGAAUUACUGAGGCCAUUAAUGGUGUCCUUGGAUUUUCAGAGGAACAAUAAAACGGUGUUUAAGUCUUCGAAUCUUGCUGGUUAUGUGGGAAUGAUAUCUGGUGUCAAACCAGGCAUUUUUACUCUAACCAUGAACGAGCGGUUCAGUGUUGAUGGAGGUUACAUUGGACUCUUUGAGUGGAUCCUUGGCCAAAGAGAUGGUUGGUGGAUGAGUUUCCUCACUAGAAAUCUAUUGGAAAACAGUACAAGUUAUGAAGAUGCAAAGGAGAAACUGACAAACACAAAACUGCUGGCUCCAGCUUAUUUCAUCCUGGCAGGAAACAAAUCAGGAGAGGGAUGCAUUAUUACACGUUCUCGGACGACUGCCUUAGACAUUUGGAACUUGGACUUAAAAAGAGGCAUUUGGUAUUUGGUGGAAACCAAUUACGAUCGCUGGAAGGAUCCAUUUGUUCUGGAUAACCGGAGAGAUCCUGCAAUGAAAUGCUUGAACCAAACAAAGCAAGAGAACAUCUCAUUGCCAGCUAUAUUCAACAUUCUCUCCACAAAACCUGUCCUCAACAAGUUGACUGUGUCUACAACAUUGUUGGAGGUUUCGGAAGGCCACAUAGAAAGUUACCUGAGGGACUGCCCGACUCCUUGUAGUCCCUGGUGAGGAUUUUCCUGUGGAAUUAGAUUGAAGUGAGAUGGAUGCUAUCCCUGGAUAAAGAAGGCUGACACUGCCAAGAGCUUCUGUAGCCUGCUGUGGUUUACGAAACAGCCUUCUAGGCCUGUGUGCAUCUCAACCAGUUGCAGCUCAAACAACCAAAUUGACAAGUUGGGACCCUUUCUUAAGAUCCUGCUUUCAAAUGCCUACUGUUUAUGUAUGAAAAGUAAAACAGUUAACUUUGGAUCCCUGUUUCUUUAUCCUACACGUUUACUUGGAAGAUAAAUCCCACUUUGUUAAGAGAAGCUUAUUUCCAAGCUUAGCAUGCAUAGAAUUGUAGUCUGAGGGAGAGGGAGGCUCGAAAACGGCACGCCACCGAUUCCAGCUACAGUUUUCAAGGCAUGGGUGCCUAAUCUGGAACAUAGGUAACACAAAGAGCUUCAGCUCUUGGUGUUCUUGGCCAGCAUUCCCUAUCUCCUUGUUCCUCUGCCCUCUAUUCUGCAGUUUUGUAAAUUAGAAGGGAAAUCAUGUGAAAGCACAGGGAAUCAAUUGUGUUUGCAGUAACAUCUGCAUUGAACUGAACUUCUCUUGGGUGGUACAGUUGCUAAAAUUUGGGACACCAUUGCUUUUCCUAGUAACUAACCAAGGUUAUGAAUGUUUCAAUACUGCUAGUCAGUAUUAAGAUUGUACCUUUCACAUGUUCUUAAUCAUUUUACAAUAAAAAUACUAAGGAGGAAGUAA